AUGAGCUGGCGGAUCUGGAGAUCGGUGGCAAGGAGAUGUAACAUGCAGCCGCUUCGAUCCUGGGAUCAGUCCAUUAACCAGAUGAUCUCUCUAUCUUCUGGAAAACUAUGGCGCAGACUAUCGCUUAUUGCAUGGCAAGCUUCAAUAUACUGGAUCUGGUCGGAGAGGAAUGGAAGACUUCACCGUGGAGUCUUCAAGACGGAAAACUCCAUCGUCACCUCCAUUGAUCGACAAAUAAGGAAUCGGAUUGCUAGUUACCGGGAAUCAAACACCGGCUUGGCAUCUCGGCUUCUUCAACUUUGGCUCUCCUCUGCACCGUAA